AAUCAAAACAGGCAAAAAUCGGCCUUGAAUCUAGCUAGAACAGCCGAAAUUCCCACCUCAAAGGUUUCUAGACAAAGCUGCAAUCAUAACCCCCGAUGACCAAGUAAAAUCUGACGGAUCAGCAGCCAAUCCAUGGAGACUCUGCAGUAUGCAGCAAGUGGAACAAGUAAAAUGCUUGAUGAGAGUGAUUCCCAUAGGGGUUGCAGCCAGUAUAUACUAUGCUGUCAUAGUCCAACAAAAAACAUACGUAAUAUUCCAAGCCCUCCAAUUUGAUAGACGCCUUGGCAAUACCAAUUUCACAAUCCCUGCUGCCUCCUACAUUAUCUUUACCAUGCUUGCCCUCACUAUCUGGAUACCUGUUUAUGACCGUAUCAUAGUCCCAACACUAAGAAGGUUCACAGGCAAAGAAGGUGGCAUCACAGUCCUGCAAAAGAUGGGUGUUGGCAUGGUUCUUGCUAUUAUCACCAUGCUUGUGUCAGCACUUGUUGAAGAAAGGAGAAGAACUUUGGCUAUAACUAAACCUGUGGGUAUAGACCCAAGAAGAGGUGCAAUCUCUUCCCUUUCUGGCAUGUGGUUGAUACCACAGCUAUCACUAGUAGGACUUUCUGAAGCAUUUACUCUCGUUGGUGAAGUUGAAUUCUACUACAAGCAAUUCCCAGAAAACAUGAGAAGCAUUGGCGGGUCUUUCUUAUUUGUUGGUUUUGCUUUGUCCAGUUACUUUAGUAGUUUCUUGGUGUCAGUGAUUCACAGGACUACUUCUGGAGCUGCAACUGGGCAAUAGCUGCCUGAAGAUCUUAACAAGGGGAGAUUGGAUUACUUCUAUUACUUGAUUGCUGCAAUAGAGGUCGUAAAUUUGGGUUACUUUAUAAUAUGUGCAAAGUGGUACAAGUACAAAGGAAGCGACACCAGUGUUCAUGAAGUUGGCAUGGGAAAAAUGCAGUCCGAAAAAGAAAAACCUCUUGUUUGAAUCGUUAAAUAUGAGGGAAUAAAGAAUAGUCCCCC